CUCUUCAAUCUGGUUGUAUUGGCAGUAACAUGGAGAACCAAGAUGCUCUAAAUGCUGUCUAUGCCAAGUGGGAGAAGAAAGGUCAGGGGUCAAGGCAGUGUCAGAAGUCAGAACCAAGGUCGCAGACUGAAGAUGAAGAAAAGAACAGAGUACCCGGCCUGCUUACUGAGCCCAGGCUACCAGGGAGAUACAGCGACAAUGUCAGACCCAGAUCACGGGCCCCAAAGAGGCUGCAGAGCCGGGCUAGAAGGGACAAACUGCCAUCAUCAGCUCCGAGGCUGCACUUCUUCAAGGUUGAGCCUAUGUUGAUGGACAGCACCAGUCUGAGCAGCAGGCCCUUCACUGGUCGAGCCUGCAGCAAGUGUGUGCCUGUCAGCAGGAACACAUUCUUUAACGAGAACACAGCAACAAUGGGUGUGAGGAACAUGCUGGACAUACUGGCUGAACACAGGAAUGAGGAAGAGGAAGAACCCCCAGGGAUGCUGGGUCGCCUGUUCUAUACGGUGUGGUUCUCAGUGACUAGACGAGUGGACCAUUACUACCCCAGUACGGAGGUCAUGCACAAUGCAGUCCUGUCCUGCACUAGAGUGAGAGAGGCCAUGCGCAAGACUGUAAUCCGAGACUGUGAAGAGUAUGACGACAACAGUGGGCAGUUUCAACUGGAGUUGAAGCAACAGGAGAAACUUGCCUCUGCCAUCUUCAACAAAAUGACCUCAAACAUCUGGACACCAUUUAUCAGGUUUACAGGCUGGUUCCUGCACAAGGCCCUGGGGCACCUACUGUCAUCCAUCCAGGUGCAUCGUGGGCAGAUUGACAUGGUCAAGCAGGCAGCAGAGACAGGGAUCCCACUGGUGUUUCUACCCACCCAUCGGUCCCAUCUAGAUUACAUCCUCCUCACCUUCCUACUGUGGAACCAUGAAAUUCAGGCACCUCACGUGGCCGCAGGGGACAACCUCAGAAUUCCCUUCUUCUCAUCACUGAUGUGCCAUCUGGGAGGCUUCUUCAUAAGAAGGAAACUGGAUGAUGUCUAUGGAAAGAAAGACUAUGUCUACAGAGCUGUGUUACACACGUACAUGGAGGAACUGCUCAGACAAGGACAGUCUUUAGAGUUCUUCAUAGAGGGAGGGAGAACACGAACAGGAAAAGCUGUGGUUCCCAAGGGUGGUCUGUUGUCUGUUGUUGUGGAUGCUUACAUGGCAGGAGCCAUCUCAGAUGUCUAUCUGGUUCCUGUCAGUUUCAGUUACGAGAAAACUCUGGAGGGAAACUUCAGGUCUGAGGAGAUGGGAAUUCCCAAGAAGAAGGAGACAUUCCUACAAGCAGUGAAGGGUGUGUGGUCAGCCUUCAGGUCCAGUUUUGGCCAAGUACGGGCAGACUUUGCUCAGCCCAUAUCACUACAGGAGUACCUUGACUCAGCUGAGUCCCCGGGCGGUGCGGUGUUCUCCCGGUUAGCUGGUAGCCACAGUCCAUCAGAGAUGCGGCGCAUCGGGAGUGACCACUCCAUAUACGGGACUGACAUAGUGAAGGAGGAACAAAGACUGCUAGUCAAGGGGCUUGCAGAGCAUGUCCUGUACAAUGCAGUCCAGACCACAGCCAUAAUGAGCACCCAGCUGGUGGCCUUCAUGUUCCUGGCUGUACACAGACAGGGAGCAACUUGGGCCGAGCUUGAGAAAUCGUUUGAGCACAUCCGAUGCGAGAUUCUUCUCCGCGGCCGCGAUGUUGGGUUCACGGGCAGCGCAUCGGCUGUCCUCAGACACGCCAUGGAGUUGCUAGGCACCGAUCUCUUCACAUGGGAGACACCUACCAACAACAGGAAGAACCAGAACAACAACCAUGUGAAACUGGAGGAGGAGGACAGGAUACUGAUACCAAAUCUGGGACUACCUUCAGUCUUUGAUCUAACAUAUUAUGGAUCCAAUGUCAUGUCUGUCUUCCUGAUGGAGUCAAUUCUAGCCACAGCCAUCAGUGCAGUAUCCGAGGGCCAGGCUAACACAGCCCACCUACAGGAGGGGCAGCAUGUGGUGGUGUCCAGACAGGCCCUACUACAAAGGGCCAAGGAACUCAGCCAGCUGCUACAGAUGGAGUUCAUAUUUGCACCAAGCUGCAGUAGUCUGGAGGAUGUGGUCAGAGAUGGACUGGACUCCCUGCUCCACUCAGACCUGCUGCUGACCGAUGAACAGGACAGCACGUCCAGUCAGAGGGAGAAGCAGUGGGCUGACCAACUGGCCUUUGCUACAUCCUGGGAAGACCAGGCCGAGGAUAACAUAGAUGGGUCACCUUCGGUGCAGGACUUGUCAUAUAGGCUGAAUACGGCAGCUGCACACAUGCAGAAGUUGGGUUUCCUGCAGAGCAUCCUGGCAGGUAUGGUGGAGGCGUACUGGGUGUCGGCCUCUCACCUGGAGGUGUUACAGGGCGGGGACAUGACAGAGGAAAAGUACCUGCAGUCCUUGCAGAAGUUUGCCAUCAGGAGAGUUGAGGACGGGGUAGCAAUACGCAGUGAAAGCUGUUCCUCAGAAACCCUGAAGAACUCCCUCAAGAUGCUUAGUCAUCGCAAGGUGAUCUCUCACUUCUUUGAUAGCGAUGGCACGAGGAAGCUAGAACUAUAUGGUGGUUACCGUGACAACCAAGAACUGACCAGCUUCAUUGACAGUGUGGGGAUGUUCAAGACCUGGUAGUUAGUUGGGUUAGAGAUGUCACUCUUUUCCAGUGGUGGAGACUUGAGGGGAUUCUACAGUAGUGUUGGUUGUUAUGAUUCAGGAGGUGGGACAGCAAGCACCUUAUGAUCUUGCCAUGUAUUCAUUCAGUAGAAAUUAAAGAAAAAAGUCAAGAAGAAAUAUUCCCCUUGUACUGUAGGGUAUUGUUACUUCUAAAUGUAUUGGUUUCUUUCAACUCAUCUCAUGCUGGUACUGGCUAAAGCAGAACUACGUUCCACGUCUUUUUAGCAUACAGUAUGCUUUAUUUUGUUGUAUUUGCCUGUUGUAGUACUGUUUUGUGCAAUAUUUGAACAGUGACUAUGGACAGCGGUAUUUUGUUAUUGUAACGGUAUGGUUUGAUGAUUUCUAUUGUUUUUUCUUCAGUUUAAGAUGCAGAAUUACUUUUCCCCAGCUAUAAGAGGAAAAUCACUUAUAAUGGUGCUACAAGACGUAUGUGGUUAUGUUGCCGCUUAACUUACCACUUACAACCCCCUCCUUCUCCACAUAGUCACUAAAUACAAUCCUGAUAGCACAUCUGGCUAUUCAACUGUGUACAAACCUACCUGUUCAUUGCACAACCAACAGGUCUAAAGAGGAUUGUAGCUGGACAAAGACUGGCAUUCUGGCCAGAAUAUAACAUUACAGAAUAUGGGAAGUUGUCAGUAUUUGUAUAUGCAAUGAGUUGCAAGUAUUGGAGAAGAUUUUUAUGUGAUGGUGCAAUCAGGGGUCUAUCAUUUGUUGCUUCAUUUUAUAGCCAGUAUUGACACCUAUUUAAAGAGGUCAUAAGCCAUUCAAGUUAUAUAUUACUGAUUAAAGUAAGUCAAGUAGGGCUGAGUACAGACUGAACAGUAGUUGUAAAAUCAUUCAGGUACAGGUCCACGUCAAUGGUAACGCAAUUCUUGGACAAGCUUACACUUUUGAGACAAGGGUAAGCCCUGCUAUGGAGAUGGCUAUGAAGCACCAAAAGGAGUCAUAGAAAUGUAAAUAAUUGGACAGUUUCAACCUGUACCAGAACAUCUGGAAUAUAUCUGUGCCAGCCCUAACACAAAGUAUUUAUCUUUAUGAAGAUACACAUGUACCUGUAAAUGCACAUCCCAUCCUGAAAAAAACUCAAGAGGGGACAGACUCAUGAAUCAAACCAUCAGAGUAAAGCAUGUAUGAUAUAUAGAGUAGGUAGUGUUUGCAAAGAUCUAGAAACUCUAUCAGUAGGACAUGUAAAAUUGUACACCAAUGAUAAAGAAUAUGCACAGAGUUAUACUUGUGUUUAUGCAUUUGGUACAUUAGGGCAAGGACGUUAUAACAGCCUUGAUUAGGGUUACUGGUUAGAAUAGAAAAAGAGAGCAAUAAAGUUACAGCCAUGUCAAAUUUUGUUGUCCAAGGAUGCAUAUUAUAACUGAAGAUUAUAUUGUGGGACAUUGUUAUUAUAGAUUAUGUUUACGUUUACUGGAUUUCGAGUUUAUAUCAUAUGUAGGAAAGAUGGGUAAAAUGGGUUAUCCAUGAAGCACAAUGCUCAAAGGUGAGUAGUAAUACUCUGAUGUGUACCUCAAAAGAUCAUAGAAAAAGAAAUAAAACAGCAGCAAAAGUG